GCCAAAUGAUCCUGUAAUAGAAGUCUGGUGUGGAGAAGAGCAAAGCUGGUGUGGGAGGAGCAGUUUUAGAUUGGCAGAAGACAAGGGAUCCCAGAAGGCUUGUACUGAGGGAGAUGCGAGCCAGCCAGCAGCUUUUCAUUCAUGAAGAUGCAAUUCAGCACCGACACUUGGUGUUUUCUUCGGGUGUAGCCCAGCUCAGUGAAUUCAACCAGUGUCACAGCGCUAUGUAAGCGCUGUGUGCAAACUUGUGGGCUUGAUCUGAACACCACCGGACUCUGUUCAAUUCAACUUUCCUUAUGGGAUUGUGCUGGGCGAGUAUGAAGAGCGCUGUCAGAAGCUGGAAGUGGCGGUCAGCAGUGUCUCGAUAGGCGUUAUAGGAGUCUUCAUUCACAAGGAUGCUGGUGGGAAAUGCCUGCAGACAGAGAGGAUGAGAUUUGUGGAAAGGCGCUGGAGCUUCUGUCCGAUCUGUGCUCGAGAGGAGAGGUGCACGAUGAAAACUGCUUGGAUUUCACCUACUAUUUUCGCGAUCUCGGGCGACCGAGAUAUUCGGACUCUGAUGUGUCUGUGAGCCUGCUGUCCCUCUUGGUGACCACAUGUGGCCUGGCGUUGUUUGCCGUUUCCCUGUUCGUGUCGUGGAAGUUGUUUUGGGUGCCAUGGCGCGAUCGCUUCUUGCCUGGCCUAAAGGACCAGCAGGGCGAGCAGCAGCCGGUCCUGACCGAGGUGGAGGGCCUGGAGCGGGAAUACAGCGAAGACUUUGAGAAGGAUCCCAAUGCGCCGACGGUGCUCCCGGAGUCGGCCAUGAAGAUCAGCCACACGUCCCCGGACAUCCAGCUGGAGGCCCAGAUGAAGGCCAAGGAGCUCAACCACAUCCACAUAGCUCGCGUGCAGCGACAAGUCACAGAACCGACCUCAUCUGUCAGGCACAACUCCAUCCGGAGACAGAUGAACGUCUCCAACCCCGAUUUCAACUUGGCCCAGUUCCAGAGACAGGAGUCCCUAACAGGUCCAGGUUUGGGCCGCAUCAAGCCUGAGCUCUACAAACAACGGUCGGUGGACGCAGACGACACCAGACGAGCGGACAGCUGCGGCCGCUUGCAUUUCAUCCUAAAAUACGACUGUGACUUGGAGCAGCUCAUCGUGAAGAUCCACAAAGCCCAAGAUCUACCUGCCAAGGACUUUACGGGAACCUCCGACCCAUAUGUGAAGAUCUACCUGUUGCCAGACCGUAAAACCAAGCAUCAAACCAAGGUGCACCGCAAGACUCUGAACCCCAUCUUUGACGAGGUUUUCCUGUUUCCUGUGGCGUACGCUGAGCUUCCGACACGCAAGCUCCAUUUUAGCGUCUACGACUUCGACCGCUUCUCACGCCACGACGUCAUCGGCCAAGUGGUGGUGGACAACUUCCUGGAUCUACCUGACUUUCCACAGGAAACCAGGCUCUGCAGGGAUAUCCUUUAUGUUAGUGCGGAUAAUGUGGAUCUGGGAGAUCUGAUGUUCUCUCUUUGUUACUUGCCAACUGCCGGCCGACUGACAAUAACGAUAAUUAAAGCCAGAAAUCUUAAAGCCAUGGACAUCACAGGAGCGUCUGAUCCUUAUGUAAAGGUUUCUAUAAUGUGUGACGGUCGGAGACUGAAGAAAAGGAAAACAUCAACGAAAAGAAACACUCUCAAUCCAGUCUACAAUGAAGCCAUUGUUUUUGAUGUUCCACCUGAGAACAUUGACCAAAUAAGUCUUUUAAUAGCAGUAAUGGACUAUGACCGCGUAGGUCACAAUGAGGUUAUUGGCGUGUGCCAUGUGGGAAACAGAGCUCAGAGUUUGGGACGCGAUCACUGGAAUGAGAUGCUCACGUACCCACGCAAACCCAUCGCCCGCUGGCACCCGCUUGUAGAGUGGGUUGGUCAGAGCACGGCCGGCGGUAGCCAAGGCUCCUGUAAUUCCCUGAGGACCCCUCCUUCCCCGUAAUGGAUGCCGUCAAAUUUCUGCCACCCGGCAUGGUCCGAUUCACAACUUUAAUGAAAAGGAAGGUGCGAGAGAGAGACAGAUAUCUCGGUUCGGUGAAAGGUCACUUUAAAUGUGUGCACACACACACACACUCGGUGCAGUAAACACCCAGGACUCUUUAGACGUAAGAUUUCCUGGCUAGGAGAAGAGUGUCAGGUCCACUGCAUGUGAAGUUGAGCGUGCGUGAGCGGCGUUUGGUUAUAAGACGAGCCUUGAACAUUGUUCUGCUUUUGUUGACAACUUUAGUUGAGAGGUAAGUAUUUUUGACAUUGUCAUGUUUUCUGUAUCUGUAUAACACAUUGUAAUACACUAAUAUUGUUUGAAGUGUAGUGCAUGGGGUCUAUUUUGUGGUAUUUUAUUGUAAAGUCUUACUGUAUAAAAAUAUAUAAGAAACGCAUAAGACUC